UUUUUUGUCUUUCCCAUAACAGUACUUUGCCUUUCCGUCCAAAACUCAGCCACCCCUUGCUUUCUCUUCUUCUUUAUCAGAGCUUGCUCCUCUUCUUCUUCUUCUUUCUUCUUCUUGCCCUGUCUCAGUUAUAAGUUUUUUGCUACCAUGUCUUUCAGAUGGCUCAGUCGGCCGAAUGCUUCGUGCGGCAUGGGUGUUGCUGAUCACACCAAAAACACUUUUAUGGAAUUGAAGAGGAAGAAGGUUCACCGUUAUGUGAUUUUUAUGGUUGAUGAGAGUAAAAAGGAGGUCGUGGUUGAGAAGACUGGUGGUCCGGCUGAGAGCUAUGAUGAUUUCACUGCAGCUUUGCCUGAGAAUGAUUGCCGAUUUGCUGUAUAUGAUUAUGAUUUUGUGACUUCUGAUAACUGUCAAAAGAGCAAGAUAUUCUUCAUUGCAUGGUCUCCUUCAUCCUCUCGAAUCCGUGCCAAGAUGCUCUAUGCCACAUCUAGAGACAGGUUUAGACGGGAGCUGGACGGUGUCCACUAUGAGAUUCAGGCCACUGACCCCACAGAGAUGGAUCUUGAAGUGAUCAAAGACCGAGCACACUGAAUGGUCUCUGCAGUUCAUAGCUUUCUUCCUCGAGGAAAAGAUCUGCUAGGUUUGCCAACUUGUGAACUAGUUAGCUAUCCCUGUGCAUAUCCCAUUUUGGGCACAAGAUGGUAUUGCAUAAUCCUUGAAUAAACUGACAUCUUUGAGGGGCAUAAGUUUUAGGCUAAUAUUAUCUGGUAUCUGAGAAAGUCGAUCUCCUUUCUGAUUGCCAAUUCUCAGGUGAAGAUGAGCUUGUAAAGGGUUAUUUAGAAACUCUUAAUGUGUAUCAGCACAAAAUUUAUGUGAAACAGUAAAUUGAUUUUAUUAUAACACUCUCCUACUUCCAUCCUUA